AUGUUUAGAGAAACAAGAGUAAAUAAUAGAUUGGAAUAAGAUAAAAAGGUUAGACAGAAUUAAAUUUCAGAAUUGAUUAAAAUAUUUGAAGAAGAUUAAAUACAAACAGAUGUUGCUUAAUAAUUUUCGAAUUAGCUUGAAUAAGCAGCUUUUGAAUUAUCAGGUGGUGAGAAUACUAGAGAAUAUAGAACUAGAUUAAAUACAGUCAAAAUUAGAUUAAAUGGCACCAAAGGUAAGUUAUUAUUACAAAUUUAGGACAAUUUAUUCGAUAGGUUCUAUUGUAAAAUAUUAUGACUCCUUUAGAGUUGAUGUCAUUUGAUAUGUCUAAGUUAAAUGAAAAUUCAAUCCAAACAUUCUUGGAACAAAAUAAUAGAUAAUUUCCUUAAAAGAAUAUCUCCAAUAGAUUAGUAUAGAGAAUAGUUAUGGAUAAAGAUCUUUCUUAAAAUUCUAAUGAAAAAUAAAAGGAAUCAAAUAAUGAUUUAAAAAUUAAUUCAUAAUAACAAUAAAAAGAGUAAGUUAAUGUAGAAAAUUUUAAUUAACUUGACUAAAAUAAACCUACUGAAUUGAUACAAACUGAAAUUAAACAAUAAAAUAUUGAAGAACAUCCUCAACCAAUAACAGAAACAGAGAAAAUUGAUUUUGCUCCUUAAGAAGAACCUAUUUAAUAAUUUGAAGAAUAUAUCGAUUAUGUAUAAAUUAUAUAUUAUAUUUAGAGUUUUGAAUAUAAUCAAAAAUAAAGAGAUUUUGUUGAAGGAAAUGAUUUUCCUAAUAUUGAAGAACUAUAAAUUAAUGAAAUCAAAUAAAAUAAUUUAUAAGAUGAUUAAUUUGGAAAUAGUCCAUUGCCUUCUGACAAUGUAUUAAAUCAAGAAUUUCUCUAAGAUGAUCCUUAAAUAGAUGGACCUAAAGAGAAUAUUUAAACUGAAAUUUUAGAUUCUUAAAUUUAAGANUUUUAUUUUAGUUAAUUUCUUUCUAGUUUCUUCAUCUGA